AUUUUUUGCGACCACUUGUAUCUUGCGCAUUGCUUCAGGCUGCAACAUUACAGCCUUGUACAAACUUCCGGUGAAGCCCUCCACACGCGCCGCCUGCGACAAAUCGAAACAUACGGUGCCCACGAAAAUGCCCGCCGCCGUAGCAACCCCGAAGAAUCGCGACCGCCGGCCUGCGAAAAAACCCAAGUUGGCGCAAUCGCCUGCGACAGUCCGCCAAAAUGGUCUCAAAGCACUUGUAAAUGGAAAUGCGGCCAAGCCCACAGCAAAGACAAACGGUGUCAAGAAUGCGCAGGCAGACCGAGUCGACGACGCCACCGCUGUUGUUGAAGGACCAGCCGAUGCGCACAUGGCGGAUGCGGACGUCAUAGAGAUCAGCAGCGCCGAGGAAGAGAGCGAUGACGACUCGGACAGCGCGCAAGAAGGUCCCACGCAGGCUGAUGCUGCUGUGGAUGACGAGAAUGGGGCGGAACCGGAAGAGCUCACAUUCGGGGACCGAUUACGCGCAGAAGGCCCUGAGCCUGUCCAAGAAUCGCGAAUCAUAAGCGUCGAAGACGCCUUCGACCCCAACCCAGAGCGCGCAGUAACAGCGACGAAGAACCGCCCACUUGCACCGCCGAAUGCAAACUCUCUCGGCACCGUCCUCACUCAAGCCUUGCGCACCAACGACAAAGAGCUUCUCGAUUCAUGCCUUCAGGUUGUCGAUGUAGAGUCGGUCUAUGCUACCGUCGAACGGUUGCCAUCGCCGUUGGUCGGAACGCUAUUGCAAAGACUGGCGGAGCGGCUACACAGAAGUCCCGGCCGAGCGGGCAUGUUGAUGGCCUGGGUACAAUGGAGUCUUGCCGCGCACGGAGGAUACCUCGCUUCCCAGCCCCAAAUUGUCAAGCAACUCACGGCACUGAACAAAGUUUUGAAGGAGCGCUCGAGCGGUCUGAUGCCGCUCAUGUCGUUGAAAGGUCGCCUAGAUAUGCUACAAGCUCAACUUGAUCUAAGGAAACGAAACCAAGCCGCCAACGACGAUGCGGACGAAGCACUGGUAUACGUCGAGGGCCAGGACGAUUACGUCUCUGAUGACGAGUCUGUUGAGGGAGCCACUGCAACCCCGAAACGAUCGCGUCCAGAGAUGGACGACGACGACGAGAGCUCGUCAGAUGAUAUGGGCCUGAAUAUGGAGAUGGACGACGUUUCCGACGAGGGUAGUGAAGGUUCUGAUGAAGACCUCAUCGAUGACGAGGCAGAAGAGACGGAUGAUGACGAGGGCGAGGACAUGUCAGACCCUAUGAGCGAUGAUUUGGAGGAUGGUGACUCCGAGAGCGGAGACGAAUCGAAACCAGAGCGACGAUCAACAGCGGCUCGGGCUGGGCUCAAGAGCCGGCGCUGAGUGUUGAAGAGGAAGUUCGUAAUUCUUGUACAGUCUACGACGGCCCGCGAACCACACUACUUGGCGCGUCCGAUCAUCGAAAAUUGGGAUUCACGCAUAGGCGUUCAUCUAUGGUGGCGUUGAUACCUUACUUACGGCAAUCUAUACGAAGUCUAGAUUUCUUCUACGUACCGCAUUCCGGAAGUAUCCUAU